GCUGUCAACAACAUCAUCAUCGGGUUUCGAACAAUGACCUGUCUAUGUACCGCCAAUACAUUACGACAAUUCGUCCGAAGUGUAGCUCAAGUCGACCUGCCAAAUACCACGAGGCUUGCUGCAUCGAGGCAGUUUCCCAGGAGACAGAUUUCAGCCUUCACUUAUGCUCACGCGAGUAGAGCAUACUCUUCCGCAACGAAGUCAGAGGACCCGAAGCAGUUUUACGAUUCGAUAGAGCAUGCAUCAUCAAGGAACAAAUGGAGGAUAGGGGAGAAGGAAAGCGACAUUGAAGGUCAGCUUAGUAACAUAGACAAAGAAGGCGCUUUUGUCGAUUUUUCACCAGAGGCUAUCGAUGCCCUUGCUGCAGAAGCUGCAUCUGAACGAGCACAGGAUGAUCACUUUCCUUCGACACCGAAGCACGAAUAUGAUACGCCAUUACGAUCUCUCAUGAAGGUUGCGCCUAAGCAAAAGGAAUAUGUUCCCAUGGAACGAAUACCCGGAGGCGUUGUAAGAAGGUUGAAGUCAGAGAAUACCGGCUUCAAGUUACAUUACUCCGCUCAACCAGACUGGGAAGGAGUUGAAGAACGUGCCGAAAGGCUUAGAAAGCAAAGGGAGGAAGUAGCAGCUGCCAAAGAAGCUCGAGACGAAUGGGUUCCGCCACCGAAAGAACCUUGGAUGAUAGCGAAGAGGAAAGCCAAGGAGAAAUAUCCGGAUGGAUACAACCCUUUGAAGCGACUGUCACCCGAUGCCAUAGCAGGAAUUCGAGCUCUCCACGCUCAAAUGCCCGAACAAUACAAUACCGAAACUCUAGCUGAGGAGUUCAAGAUAUCUCCUGAAGCCAUUCAGCGGAUUCUAAGAUCGAAGUGGAGGCCAAGUCCUGCGGAACAGACCGACCGCGAACAGCGGUGGCAUAAGAGAGGUGAAAAGGUGUGGACUAGACUGGCUGAUAUGGGAACGAAACCACCCAAAGAAUGGAGAGAUUUAGGAAUUGGUUCUGGAAAGCCGGAUUGGAUGAAGAAGAGGGAAAAUCUACGCCCUCGGGCUCCGCUACCCGCUCUCAUCACGAUGGCCCGACGAAGAGAAGCUAAAAUCAAGUCUUCCAAAGAAGAUAGCCUGGCAGAUAGAAUAAUCUGAAGGGUUUAUGCUAUGCAUAUGCAUACAGAUAGCUCCCAAGUUUGCUCAUGUACGAUAGUCGCCCCGGAUCGGUUCCCAUUUGUCGGAAUUCCAGAUGGAAAUCAUGGGAAAGAUUGAUGCAUGAAAUGUUCUGUUCUACUUCGAGAGGACUGUUUCAUGCAGAAGUAUCUAAAAUUCUGGUAGCGAUAAGACAAACCUAGCUCAGUCCAUGAAUCACACCUAAACGGGUCACCCUUCUUAUCAACAAGAUCCUAAUAUAAAGUUGAGAAUGG